UACAUCUCCAAGCCAGGCUGCAGCCGCGAAGCGGGCGUGGGCAGGCUGCACCUGGCCUGAGGCGCCAGAUUACAAGAGGAGUCAUGUCAGAAGAAACAGUAAGGGAAUCACAGUUUUCCUUGAAGACAGCAGCAUUAAGAGUGUUUGAUCUUCCUCUGUCUUGGUACAAUUCUCUCUCCCAGAUCAAAUUUUCGCCGGUAGCUAAAAAGUUGUUUGUUGUAACUGCAGUGAGUGCUAUAUCUGUAGUUUUUCUGGCCCAUCACUUUAAAAGAAAACGUGGAAAGAAGAAAGGAAAAGUAUUACCAUGGGAACCAGAGCACCUCUUACUGGAGUACACUAAAAGAGCAGCAUCAGACAAAGGUUCAAGUUGUUCCAGUAGUAGACAGAAUUUGACAUUAUCUUUAAGUUCCACCAAAGACAAAGGAUCUCAGUCUUGUAACUUUGCUAAUGGAGGACUUUUCAGUAAAUACUCAGGUUCUGCACAGAGUUUGGCUUCUGUGCAGAGUGUCAAUUCCUGCCAUAGCUGUGCUUGUGGCAAUUCUAAUUCCUGGGACAAAGCUGAUGAAGAUGAUGUUAAACUUGUAAAUAUUCCUGUGACCACUCCUGAGAACUUAUACUUAAUGGGUAUGGAAUUGUUUGAAGAGGCAUUGCGUCGAUGGGAACAAGCUCUAACCUUUCGCAAUAGACAGGCUGAAGAUGAAGCCUGCGGUUCCAUUAAACUGGGUGCUGGGGAUGCCAUUGCUGAAGAAAGUGUAGAUGAUAUUAUUAGUACUGAAUUCAUCCAUAAACUUGAAGCUCUGCUACAAAGAGCAUAUCGUCUCCAAGAGGAGUUUGAAGCUACCCUUGGGGGGUCUGAUCCUAAUUCCCUUGCUAAUGAUACUGACAAAGAUACAGACACCACUGUAAAGGGAAACGUGGAUGACUUUGGCCUGCGAGACACUUCCAGCGUUGCAUCAACUGAUUCCUUUGCUUCGGUAGCAGAGCUUGCAGAACACAGAGAAAUACGGCAUACCUACAGCCUGGAGUCUUUUUGCCGCUGCCCUUUUUAUGAAGAAGCCAUGCAUUUAGUUGAAGAAGGAAAAAUUUACUCCAGAGUACUGAGAACUGAAAUGUUGGAGUGCCUGGGAGACAGUGAUUUUCUUGCCAAACUUCAUUGUAUUCGACAGGCUUUUCAGGUGAUUCUUUCAGAAACAGCCAACAGGAUAUUCCUUGCAGAGAGUGGAAGGAAAAUUUUAUCAGCUUUAAUUGUGAAAGCACGAAAGAAUCCAAAGAAGUUUGAAGAUGUUUUUGAUGAAAUGAUGUAUUUUUUAGAGCAAACUGAUCACUGGGCUAGUACUGAAAUGGAACUUGCUGCCAGAGGGGUGAAAAAUCUAAAUUUUUAUGAUGUUGUUCUGGAUUUUAUAUUAAUGGAUUCUUUUGAAGACCUAGAAAACCCACCAACAUCCAUACAGAAUGUAGUAAAUAAUCGCUGGCUAAACUCUUCCUUCAAAGAAACUGCUGUGGCUUCAAGUUGUUGGUCAGUGCUGAAACAGAAAAGGGAACAGAUGAAGAUCCCAGAUGGAUUUUUUGCCCAUUUUUAUGCCAUUUGUGAGCACAUAAGCCCUGUCCUCGCCUGGGGCUUUUUGGGUCCUAGAAAUUCUCUUUAUGAUUUAUGUUGCUUCUUUAAGAAUCAAGUUAUUUUCUUUCUCAAAGACAUUUUUGAUUUUGAGAAGGUGCGCUAUUCAAGUAUAGAGACUUUGGCAGAAGACCUCAUGCAGUUACUCAUUCGCCGCAUGGAACUUUUAAUGGCCUAUCUUGGAGCAGAUGCCCUGAGACACACCAGUAGCUGUUUAAGCGGUCAUGGUCAUGUUAUAUCCAGUGGGCUAUUGGAAGCCAAAGUACAAUAAGUACCAUAAGAAUCAUACAUUUUGAGAGUGGUAUAAAAUAUUUUAAGGUAACUAUUGAUUUUGUAAUAUGUAUUASAUAAUUGGUGGAUGUGGACUCAGGGAGGGGAAAAAAUCUAGUAAAGAAUGAAUGAAUAAGUACUUUACUUAAAAAAAAUAAGUACUGUACUUAUAUAGAAAUUCUUUGCAUCCCUGUGUAGUAUAUUCAGAGCAGCUUUUUAAUAAUCUAGGUAGUAAUUUAAGUUGUGAAUUGUGAAUUCUAUAGGAAUAUUGCUUAAUUUGAAGCCAAUACUUGGGAGUUAAUUGAUUUAUCAUCUUCAAGCUGUCAGAAAUGUCCAGUGUCAUACUUAAAAGGUUUGUUUUUUUUCUUUGCACCUUGAAAGUAUACAUUUAGCCAAGUCCUUCAUGGUCCACACAUGCAAGAAUAUAUUAUAACACCUUUGUGGUCCAUACAUAGAAGAAUAUAUUACUCCUAGUGUCAAUAUGUUUAACUGCCUGAAAACGUGUUUUUUAACUGUAAAGUUAUUCGUUUGUUAGAUCAAAUUUAGGCAGUAGUGGCAUUUAAUGUGUACUGCUUAUAUUAUUGCCUGUACAUUUGUUUAUGUAUUUCAAUCAGAGAAAUUGUAAUCACUGAGUAUCAAUAUAAAACAUUUAGAUGAAUUGACACAAGUUUACAACUUGUAACUUUAUGUUAGAUUAAUUGUAGUUUCCAAAAUAUGUUAACUGUUGGUCCUAUGAAUUACAAUACAGAGACUGAAGUACUUUAA